AUGCUUAUAUCUUUGAGAGCGUUGCAGUUCAUCAGCAGCGUGAUUGCCUUAGGACUUCUAGCUUACGUGUUGAAAGGGUACAGUUAUCAUGGAAGCCAUAAAACCAACUUUGGACUGGCGGUUGCCGCCAUUUCUGUGUUUUACUUGAUGUUGCUGAGUUUGCUAGGCGUCCUGUUGCAUAAGCUUCUGCUGCCCGGGCUAUACUUGCUUUUCGAAAUUAUCAUAACCAUCCUGUGGUUGUGCGCGUUUGUGGUGCUAGCCAAGACGCAUGGCUCUAGGGCGUGCGGGCUCCAGACCACAAGUACCUACAACCCUAACUAUGGUUCCACUUCGAGCUUUAUGUCCUCCGGAGGUAGAUAUGAUCCAUACACGAGCCAAUACACCACUGACUCGCAUAUGCGCCCUUGCCGCAGUGCAAAGGCAUCCAUCGCAUUUGCCGGCCUGUGUACCGUCCUGUUUAUGAUUUCGACCCUGAUUAUCGGCUUAAACGUGAUCAGACCAAUUAUGCAAAGAGGUGGAGGCCAGCGCGCGAUGUGGACGCCAUACCACAAUGCGGGCUACAAGCUAAACCCAUGGACAGGUCUGCGUCUCAGUGAGACAAACCGCAGUGACCUGGAAGGUACCGGACCCCACCACAAUGACGCGGAAGGAGGCGCUGGCGUGCAUGACCAACACACCUACUCGACUGGCGACUCGACCUACAAUGGCACCAACCGCGAGAAGCUUGGCGAAACAGACCAUAGACGCAAUGCUUCCGGCGCCACGGAAAUGGGACAAGAUGCAACUAAUACUGGAAACGCCGGUGCCCUACCUCAGGAAAACGUUAAUACAACCUAUCACAGAACCGAACGCAUUGUCACCGACACAUCCCCUCACCCUAUUACGGAAACCAAUAGGGCUCAGCAGACACAGGGUCGCAUGUAG